AUGGAGGAUGGGCCCGGGUCAAAAGAUGGUCGCCGCCCUAGAAGCCUCGCCGAGCCGGCAGCCGCACUUGUGGAAGAAGGUGAUUCGGACACUACCCUUGAGGAAAUGGAGGAUGGUGACAUGCUAUGGAUUGUCGAGGCCGUUCUUGCAGAGAUGCCCUUGGAUGAAGACGAUGACCAACCUCACUACCUAGUUUCAUGGGCAGGCUACGAACUUCAUGACGCGACAUGGGAACCACAGGAGCACCUGGACCCUGUCACUCUUCAAACAUGGGGUAAAAAGAAAAUAUCAAUUGAAAGAGGCGCGGAGGAUGCUUUUGAUGUGCGUGACUGGUACCAGGCCAAAACUCAAUAUCUCGAGGACCGCCUUGCUCGUGCGGAACGACGGGAUAUCGUGCGGCUCGCUCGUGGCCUCCCUACGCCGUCCGCUAGCACGCUAAGGUUGCGAGAACAAGUCGCGGAAUUGGCUGCUCUAUGUUCAGAGGACGUCACAAGCGGGGAAGAGAAUGACCAAUCCGACGAGACUAGUAGUGACGAACCUGAGGAUUAUGACGCUCAAGACGACCCCCGUUAUUUCUUAGACCCGGCGAGGAAUGGCAGCGGAGUGCCUCAAGAGCUGCUUGGCCAGGCGGUGGCUCUGAGACGUUCUAAGCAAUCGAAGCCGGCUACGGAACGUCGCAAAAAAACCCUACAAACUGUGCGGCAAGAGGACGCGGGCUACACGUUGAGCACUGAGAGCGGUCCCACUACUACCCUCAACAAGGUGAUCUCCAUCGGUCCAAACGCUUCAACGAAAGUAAAGGUUCAUCUCUGCAACCUCAUAUCCUCUUCUGAAAGCUGGUACCGCCAUCUUGCCGAGACUGAUCACUUACCCUUUACCCAUAUGGUUUCGAUGGCAGAUAUCCAAGACCAGAAACUGUAUCUAGCCCACAAGAUCCUGGGCGCUUCUCCCGCCCGCGUCGGCGGCGAGAUUAUCCUCGUCCAAAGCAUCCCAGCCGGUAACGAAGGAGACAGUUCCAGUCUGCAGCGAAUCUUCCCUGUGGGCACCGCAGUGUUGGUGACACCGAGUUUCCUCCUGAUGCAGCCGGCGGCGGUAUGCGAAUUCCUGGAAUGGCACAAUUCCAAGUUCGUCAAGAACCGCAAAACACGGUUCUUCAAGAUCGUCAUCGCCUGGGACUCCACGCGAUUCGUUCAAAACCUUGUUUCUCAAUCUUCCUGGGUCAUAUUCUAUCGGCCGAGCUAUCUACCGGUCAGCAAGAAGGAUACGGUUGACGAGGUUGAUCUUAUCAUCUGGGACUGUUUUGCUGAGCUACGGGUUCCCCUCGACCAGAAGCUGACAGUGGGUAUCUUGAACGAGGGCCAGCAGGAGCUGAUUCAAAUUGUUGGCAAGGAAACGGCGCAAAAGUUUCCAAAUUCAAAGCUUGGGACGGUUUGGCUAGGAGGGCCGCGCCUUGACUGCGCCAGGCAUGGAUUCCACCCUAUGGACAUUACAUUGGAGUUCAUGGGUAAAGCUGUCAUCAACAUGGAUGAAGAAGUCCCAUUUUCCCAUGAGGAGCUCCGGGCGAAGGGCUUCAGGCGUGUGAAGCUGGACGCUGACCAAGCUGAGGAUGCACGUAUUCCGCCUGCGGCAUCCGCGGCCGGCUCCUCUGCGGUGAUAUUUCAUUCACCACGGGCCCUGGCAGGACAGAAAUUAAGUUUUGACUGCAACUCACUUUUCUACCAGGAGGCGAGAGCCAAAAGCGGCGCAAUGUGCGGAGACGAUGGCUCCUUUGAUUACGAAUUUCAACCAACGAUGCAGUGGUAUGCGGGCCAGGCGAGAGAAGGGCGCGGAUACGCCCACAUGCUGGUUGCUCCAUGGCAGGAGACGCUUGAGGCCAUGGGUGCCCGGGGCAAAGCGGACAAGUCAGGAAUGUCAUAG